AUGGCGCCCCCGGCCGCUGUACUCACAGACAAGGCCCCCAAGCCGAUCCCACAACUGUCCCAAGCAGUUAAAUACAACGGGAUGGUGUACUGCUCGGGAUCCCUCGGCGUCGACCCAAACACGUCCAAGUUUGUCGAGGGCGAUGUCAAAGAACGGACGCGCCAAGCGCUGAAGAACCUCUCCGCCGUCCUUGACGCUGCGGGGAGCAGUUUGCAAAACGUCGUCAAGGUCAAUGUCUUCUUGACAGAUAUGGGCAACUUUGCCGCUAUGAACCAAGCCUAUGACGAGUUUUUUGUCUGGCAACCUAGACCGUGUCGGACCUGCGUCGCUGUCCACCAACUUCCCCUCGGAACGGAGGUCGAGAUUGAGUGCAUCGCAUUUGAGACCGUCAAAUCACGUCUGUGA